AUGAGACAAAAAUGUGAUGAACCACUAGUCUCAGCAUUGUCCCACUCCUCCUUCAGCAGCUCAUCAUCUGUGGCCAGUAGCUAUUCACCAGGGUAUGCAAAGCUAAACAAAAGAGGAGGGGCUGGAGGUUGGUCUCCAUCAGACAGCGAUCAUUACCAGUGGCUGCAGGUGGACUUUGGGAACAGGAAACAGAUCAGUGCUAUUGCAACUCAAGGCAGAUACAGCAGCUCUGAUUGGGUGACUCAAUACCGGAUGCUCUAUAGUGACACAGGGAGAAACUGGAAACCGUAUCACCAGGAUGGGAAUAUUUGGGCAUUUCCUGGAAAUACAAAUUCCGAUAGUGUGGUCCGGCAUGAUUUGCAACAUCCAGUUAUUGCCCGAUACGUACGCAUAGUUCCUCUGGACUGGAAUGGAGAGGGCCAAAUUGGUCUCAGAAUUGAGUUCUACGGCUGCUCAUAUUGGGCCGAUGUUAUCAAUUUUGAUGGCCAUGUUGUGUUGCCGUACAGAUUCAGGAACAAGAAAAUGAAAACACUGAAAGAUGUCAUCUCUCUGAAAUUCAAAACCUCUGAGAGUGAAGGUGUAAUCUUCCAUGGAGAAGGGCAACAAGGAGACUAUAUUACCCUGGAACUCAAAAAAGCCAAGCUCGUCCUUAACUUAAAUUUAGGUAGCAACCAGUAUGGCUCAAUUUAUGGCCACACCUCUGUGAUGACAGGCAGCCUCUUGGAUGACCACCACUGGCACUCCAUUGUCAUAGAACGUCAUGGGAGGAACAUCAAUCUCACACUGGACAGACACAUCCAGCAUUUCAGAACCAAUGGGGAAUUCGAUUACCUGGACUUGGACUAUGAGAUAACUUUUGGUGGCAUGCCUUUUUCUGGGAAGCCCAGUUCAAACAGCAGAAAAAAUUUCAAAGGCUGUAUGGAAAGCAUCAACUACAAUGGUAAUAAUAUCACUGAUCUUGCUAAGAGGAAGAAAUUGGAACCUUCUAAUGUGGGAAAUUUAAGUUUUUCUUGUGUGGAACCACAUACAGUGCCUGUCUUUUUCAAUGCUACCAGUUACCUGGAGGUUCCUGGUCGCCCAAGUCAGGAUCUGUUUUCAGUCAGUUUCCAGUUCAGAACCUGGAACCCAAACGGACUUCUUCUCUUCAGCAACUUUGCUGACAGACUGGGUAAUGUCGAGAUUGACUUGACUGAAGGCAAAGUCAGUGUCCACAUCAAUGUCACCCAAGUCAAGAAGAAUAGAAUAGACAUCUCAUCAGGCUCUGGACUCAAUGAUGGGCAGUGGCAUGAAGUCCGGUUCUUAGCUAAAGAAAAUUUUGCUGUGCUCACCAUUGAUGGAGAAGAAGCCUCUGCAGUUAGAACCAACAGUCCUCUGCAAGUUAAAACUGGGGAGAAAUAUUUCUUUGGAGGGUUCCCAUCACUGGUGAAUGACUCAGAUCGCUCCCAGCUAUCUUUCCAAGGAUGCAUGCAGUUCAUUCAUGUGGAUGACCAACUUGUAGAUUUACAUGCAGUGGAGCAAGGCAAGCUAGGAAGCUUUGCGAAUGUAAUCAUCGAUAUGUGUGCCAUUAUUGACAGGUGUGUGCCAAAUCACUGUGAACAUGGUGGUAAAUGCACCCAAACCUGGGAUGGCUUCAAGUGUACAUGUGAUGGAACUGGAUACAGUGGUGCCACUUGUCAUAAUUCUAUUUAUGAACUCUCCUGUGAAGCAUACAAACACUUGGGCAAAAUCUCAAAUCAGUACUGGAUAGAUCCAGAUGGCAGUGGGGCACUGGGACCUUUAAAAGUUUACUGCAACAUGACAGAGGACAAAGUGUGGACAACUGUGAACCAUGAUUUGCAAAUGCAGGCUCCUGUGAUAGGCAACAGCCCAGAGAAGUACUCUGUACUGCAACUUAAUUACAGUGCCACCAUGGAUCAGAUCUCUGCCAUCACCAAUAGUGCUGAGUACUGUGAGCAGUACAUUUCUUACUCCUGCAAGAUGUCAAGACUACUGAACACCCCAGAUGGGAGUCCAUAUACCUGGUGGGUUGGAAAAGCCAAUGAGAAGCACUACUACUGGGGUGGCUCUGGACCUGGAAUUCAAAAAUGUGCCUGUGGCAUUGAACGCAAUUGUACUGAUGCCAAGUACUACUGCAACUGUGAUGCUGACUCUAAACAAUGGAGAAAAGACACUGGGCUCUUAUCUUACAAAGAACAUCUACCCGUGAGUCAAGUAGUGGUUGGAGAUAUUGACCGACCUGGAUCUGAAGCUAAAAUAACUGUGGGUCCUGUGCGCUGUCAAGGAGACCGAAAUUAUUGGAAUGCUGCAUCUUUCAUUACUCCAUCAUCGUAUCUUCACUUCUCCACAUUCCAAGGGGAAACCAGUGCAGACAUCUCCUUCUACUUCAAAACUUCAGCCCCUUAUGGAGUGUUUCUUGAAAAUCUGGGGAACACAGACUUCAUCAAACUUGAGCUAAAAUCUACUACUGAAGUGUCCUUUUCAUUUGAUGUUGGAAAUGGCCCAGUGGAAAUUGUGGUCAGAUCUCCCAACCCACUCAGUGAUGACCAAUGGCAUCGAGUCAAUGCUGAGAGGAAUGUCAAACAAGCCAGUCUGCAAGUAGAUCAGCUGCCUCAGGAGAUCCGGAAGGCACCCACAGAAGGCCAUACACGAUUGGAACUAUACAGCCAGUUAUAUGUUGGUGCUGCAGGAGGCCAAAGAGGAUUUCUGGGAUGUAUUCGCUCCUUAAGAAUGAAUGGGGUGACUCUGGACUUGGAAGAGAGAGCAAAAGUUACUCCUGGGGUGAAACCUGGCUGCUCAGGUCAUUGCACCAGCUAUGGAAUGUACUGUGAGAAUGGAGGCAAAUGUGUUGAGAAGUACAACGGCUACUCAUGUGACUGCUCCAGUACUGCAUAUGACGGACCAUUUUGCAUAAAAGAUGUUGGAGCAUUUUUUGAAGAGGGGAUGUGGCUCAGGUACAGUUUUCCAUCCCCAGGGACCACUGCAAAAGACUUAGCCAGUCGAACUCUAUUGAGCUCUACAGACCCUGAGGCUACUGUGCCAGACAUCAGUUUGAAUGCAGAGGAGCUAAGUUUCAGCUUCAGUACCACAAAAUCCCCCUGUGUCCUCCUGUACAUCAGUUCUUACACUCUGGACUACAUGGCAGUGCUUGUCAAGCCAUCUGGUAACCUACAGAUUCGAUACAACCUGGGAGGCACAAGAGAGCCAUAUAAUAUUGAUGUAGACCACAGAAGCAUGGCAAAUGGACAGCCACACAGUGUUAAUAUCACACGGAAUGAAAGGGACAUAGUCCUGCAGCUUGAUCACUAUCCUCCAGCAAGUUACAACUUGCCAACAGCAUCUGACGUUCAGUUCAACUCCCUGAAGGCACUCUUCCUUGGAAAAGUUAUAGAAACUGGGAAGAUUGACCAAGAUAUAUAUAAAUACAAUACACCUGGAUUCACCGGCUGCCUGUCCAGAGUGCAGUUCAACCAGGUUGCCCCCCUCAAAGCAGCCUUGAGACCUACCAACACCUCCUCUCACGUCCACAUUCAAGGGGAGCUAGUGGAAUCCAACUGCGGAGCAUCUCCAUUGACAAUCCCACCAAUGUCGGCUGCCACGGACCCUUGGCAUUUAGAUUCAGCCAGUGCUGAUUUCCCAUACAAUGGCCAAGCUAUAGGAGAUGGAGUUAACAGGAACUCGGCCAUUAUAGGAGGUGUCAUCGCUGUCGUGAUCUUUACCAUCCUUUGCACACUUGUGUUCCUGAUACGCUACAUGUUCCGUCACAAGGGGACCUACCACACUAACGAGGCCAAAGGGGCGGAGUCUGCCGAGAGUGCCGAUGCAGCCAUCAUGAACAAUGACCCCAACUUUACGGAGACUAUUGAUGAAAGCAAAAAGGAAUGGCUUAUCUAAAAGUGUGUGUAUGGGGACGAGGGGGGUUGGCAUUAUGGCUGGGGUGGGAUUGGGGAUGACUCUUUCAGUGAGAAGAAAACACUCUACUUCGGACUCUUGAGCACAUCUACAGUAAAAAGAUCAGCACAACUGGAGAAGCAAGUGACAGACAAAACCGUUGAGAUGGGGGGGGGGAAGAAAUAACACACUAGCAUUUAAGAAAAAUACUUUUUAAUAUUCAUUUACAAUGAAUUGCCCCUUCUGUAUCCAAACAACAACAACAAAGAGCAGCUUUUAGAGCCUCAGCAUUGGUUAAAAUUUGUCAAUAAUACCUGUCUUUCUGUGUGUGUUUUAGAGGUGUUCUAAAUUCCCAUAAUGAUAACAGGGCCAAUUUUUUACAUUUUUUAAAAGCCCUUUAGAAUGUGGAUAUUUUUGUCUUGAGAACGGCGGACAAGUCCAAUGUUCUGUGUUCUUUUCUUUCACACAUGGUCAGUUCUAGACAGGUUGCCAUAAUACCCAGGUCUUGUUCAUAAAAUGUUACAUUUGGUGUUGUUUGAAUUGGGGGGGGUCAAAGUUUUAGGGGUGGGGGGCAGGGAAAAGAGGAUUGACGCUUAUUAAUAUCUGUCAAUUUUCAUAAUGCCACCAACCUGUGCCAACACUGUAAGAGUUCAUCUUUGACACAGGCACCUAAAAUGUUGAUUGUGUACAGUACUUAUCAGCAAUGUAAAAAUACUAUUAUUAUUCUUUCUAGCAGAGAGGCUUAUCACAAAGCACAGGAAGCUUAUUUUGUUUUGUUGUUCAAAUUUGAAGGAGGAUGAUACCGUUCGAGUGUGUAGACCUAGUCUGUUUUCUGUAUCUUUGGCUAUGACACUGCUGACCUGAGGUCACAUGCCAACUUAAAUUCAGCUCUACCUGUGAUAUAUUGGCGUAUACUGUACUUAGGCAUAAGCAUUGUAGUAGGGAAUUAGAGCCAAACUUUACUGUUUGUUUGCUUCUGUUUCUUUUUUUAAUAGGCUGUCGCAGAAAUUAGUACAGUUCUAGUGAAUGCAUUUGAUCCAACAGAAUUCACAUAAUACUUUUUUCUGUCCUUGGCAUACCAAUUUGGUUUGUUCUUUAAAUCUCUGGUUUAAAUCCCUUUGUGAAGAAGGCCUCUGUAGCAGCAUUCUCACAGGCAGUAAAGUAAAGCAACAAGAGGCUUGGACAACUCUGCUCAGAGUGCAACAGCCACACAAUGUUACUAUUUAAUAUAUACAGAUUGGCCUGACUAAUUGCGUUCUUUGUAAGGUAAUUUUAAAGAUGGCAAAGGCAAUAUCUAGCACUUCAGGGAACACAGUCUCUCAAACCAGCUGAAUUUCUGCUUUGUCACUAUGGAGGAAGCAGUCAGUUUGCAGUGAUGGUUAGCGGUAGCCUGAAUAGCUAAUAUCAUCUUUGACGGCAAUAAAAUGGCUUUAGCUUCCCCACUGCAGAGGAACAGGGUUCUCCAGUGAUUUGGUUUGAAAGACACGUAGGGCCUUAUGGGUAGUUGUGCAGUGAAACAGAAUGUAGAUAUGAAUGUAUUGCAGGGCAUUUACUGUGCAUUUAAACAGAACCAAUAUCAAGAGUUUCUUGUGGAAAGGAUUUAUGCCUGUGGCAUUUUUGGAUUCACAUAACCUUAUAUAUUUACAGUUUUGGCAUGCACAGCUUUAAUCCACUCCUACAGUACCUGCUUGCAAGGAAGACUUAUUUGAAAUUCAAAUGAACUGUAAUCUCAUGAACUGAGCAGUGCUGUUCUUUUAAUUUCUCUCUUCCUUUUUGCUUUGUAUGUUCAAUUAUGCUGGUUGAUGCUGUAAAGUGAAAGGAGGUUUAAAAAAAAAAGUUAGAGAAGAAAUAUUGGAGCAUUUCAACUUUUCUUUGUAUUUCUAAGUCUCAUCAUUUCUUCCUUGUUUAUAAACGCAGUUUGCCAGACAAGACAACAAGGUCGGAGAGUCUGGUUCAACAAGUUAAACCCAAAGUCCCUGGCAUCACAAGCUGGACUUGCCGAAUCACUGUAGCGAACAUAGUAUCAAACCCACUGAUUUCUUCGGGAUAUGGAUUUGGACUCAGCAUGUAAACACGGCCAGUUCUAAAAAAAUCAUUGACUGUUUUCUCAGGUAACUGUACAGAGGUUAGGUUCCAGUUGGAUGGGAAACUAACUUUGUUUCUCUUGUGCUUGGCACUGCUCUGCUUCUAGGAUUAUCAUCUAUCACUCACUCUCAGCUGAGUGGAAGAGUCUUUAAUCCUGUUUAAGACUAGGGGAUAAAAAAAGAACCUCUUCUCUUAGAAGGCCUCAAAACAAUAUAAUGGUACUUUGAGAUUAAUCUGACAUGCACUGCUAUCUAUUUAGCCAGGUCCUCUACUGUUGCAAAUCUCUACUUGACCACAACUUUUGUUUAUCCUAUUGAAGAAAAUCACACUUUUCUUUUCCUUUUAAUAUUUGGUUCCAAUUGGUAUGUUAGUCCUUUUUAAUAAAAACAGGCCUGUGACUUCAGCAGGUCAAGAUAAAUCAAAUGAGAACAUAACAUCCAUGUUCUUAGAGCCUUGUUACACAGCAAUUUUGUGCACCUCCUGGAGCUAACACCUGGAUUGUCCCCACAUUAACACCUGAAACUGGUCUUAUGCACUUGUUAUGCAGCUCAGAGGUAUGCCACUCCAGGGCAGGUUUGUCUCUGAUCCAUGUUAUCCGGCUCGUGUUAAACUAAGGUGUAGCCAGGCUAGGCUACCUGUAAUGUAAAUAACCCACUACUCACCCACACUGUCCCCAACACCCCAGGUUCCUGCUCACUGCCCUCCUCCCCCUUUCCUGCUGCUUGCUUGUGCCUACGCACACUGUCUGUCCUGGGGGAGCAGGCAAUGAAGGGUUAAUCUGUCUGCCUGGCCAUCAAUGCUGCUCUUUGGGCAGACUUAGCCCAGAUAUGAGCAGCAGCCUGGUAGGGGCAAGGGCAAGAGGGCUGGGCAGGUAGGUUAACCCUUCCCUUCCCUUUCCCCUGAGACAGACAGUGUGGGCAGCCACAAAUAAGUGUGGGGAGCAGUAGGAGGAACCCCCUGGGAUGGGGGGUGGGAAAGAGGGGAGCCCCGGGAAAAGAGCGCAGGGAGCAAGGGGGAAGCCCAGAACAGGAGGGGUAGGAUUCUUACCUUUCAGUCCUCCAAGCCUCUGUUGGCCUGCACAGGUGACUGCUCCAAACUUGAGCUGGCAAUAACACUGAUCACCAUUUGUACUGCUCAUCAUGUAAGACAUAAAAGGCCCUUAGACUGUGCUGCUGUUGCUGGCAGCAACAGCGUUUGCUUUCUAAUUAAAUGUAGUUUUUGUGAGAGGGGGCAGAUUCACUACCUGAGAAACUGGGGUACUUUUGCUUUUCCUUACCCUACAUAUCACUAUAAUGCAGAUUUUCCAAAUAAAGUGCCUCAUCCCUGGCUGAGAAGGGCAAGCGGAUGGCUGUUCCCAACCCCGACCAAGUUUUUGGGCUGCUGGUUAAGCUAGCAACAAGCUUAUUAUUUAUAGUGCUUGUCUCUGUGAUGGUGACAUCUGUCCAUAAAUAACUAAAUUGAGACCAUCAGCUUCUUCCAUGUGCACACACCCAUGAGCAGCCAUCUCAUGGAAACAACCUCUAGCUAUUACUGACCUGGAUAGAUAUAACCAGCGUCUUAAAUAUGAAGACAGUGUCUAUUUCCUUAAUCAUCUGGUUUCCAAACUUCUGUAUCUCUUCGUAGGCAGUUCAUUAGAGCUGCGUUCAUUUCCUUUGGCCAGCUGGCAGGGUAGCUUCAUGAGCAAGAGGAAGGUAGUGAUAAACUUCAAUACUUUGAUGACUUUUCUAACUCAAGAUGAAUAAAACACUCCCUUCUUCACCCUGUAAUUUAGUUACUGAAAAUCACACUGUUACAUUACGAAUAGUGUAUUUCCUGGCAGCAAGGUAGCUAAGUAGUUUGAAACAGUGGACAUGAUACUGCAGACCAUCACUUGUUCUGUCUUCAAACACUGAAUGGCUGCCUAAUUUGGAGCCCACUUGCUAAAAUGCUAUGGGGAUUAGGCUUCCAGUGGACUCCUUCAGAUGCCCAGGGACUUCAAAGCAGCAAGCUAAUAUGAGCCUCUUGAAUAAGCCUGCAAGCCCCAUCUCUGUUCCAAAAGAGUUCUCCUCUCUGAUUUUCAGUGCUGGCACUGGGAGACCUCUAUUAGGACUCCAGGUAACUGCACCUGUUCCUCUUUGUGCCAAAAAUUCAUACAUGAUUCAUGAAGAAGUUCACAGGUACCUGCAAGAGAGUCUGUAUUGACCAGAUGCACUGUUAAAAUGCCACAUAUCAUCUGUGAGCUAUUGGCAAAGGACUAUAUACAUCUUCCUAUAUGAGACAAACCUCAAUUACAUCAGAGUGAACCCUACUGAUCACAAAACUCUAUUCUGGGUCUAAAAUGUGCUAAAAUACUUAAAGAAGCAUAAUGCAUAUUCUUCAAGUCAUCUAUUUUAAUCAUGUACUCAGUUUGAACAUGUGAUUCUUUGCAUUGCUGGCUGUUUUGGCAGGAGCAGGGAGGUACCCAUGAUGUUUCUAAAAUAGUCUGCUCCUGCUUCCAUGGAUGUUAAGAGCAAAAUUCUCAUUCCAAAAUUAUGAGUCUUGGAAUUAGUGAGGUAAAUUUCCUAGGAAAUUAGCUGGGAAAAUCCAAAGAGGUUCUGACAUGGGCAGAAUGGUGAAAAAUCAAAUUAGGAAUCGUAGAAAAUUAGGGCUGGAAGGGACCUCAGAAGGUCAAUACAGCCUUGAUGUAAAUACAGCCUUUACUAGCAAUCGACCUUCUGAUUUGUUUCUUUUGUAUUAAUUCAAAUACCCCUUAUUCCAUAUUUGGUUGACCUUAGAAAUAACCUUUACAAUGAGAAUUAACCUUUACAAGAAUGCACAAUUUAAGUCAGAACAUGAGUAUUCUGCCUACCACAUGCAUUGUACCUUUGUUUUAUUGCACAUAUUUGUCUUUCCAUGGCAGUUGCCACUUAAUAGGUAGGGCAGCAUUUUUUUCUCUACAGAUAGUAUGGUGCAUAUAAAAGGUGGCUUUUAGCAAUAUUUGACUAAGACUGACAAAGAGUGGGGGGGUGUUUAUUUGUAAGUUUAUUGUAGCACUAAGAGUUCAUUUUAGAAGUCAGUCUAUUCAGUCACUACAUUUUAAUCAGAACAGCAUCUCUUUUUAACGGCAGAUGCAUCUAAUUUCCAGGCUCUCUACUGAAAUAUGAAGCUACUUUUCAGUCUGAUAAGCAGUAGCUUUUAAUAUGGUUUCUCCCUCAGUUUAUCCUCUAUUGUGCAGCAGGCUUGAUGAGACUUAGGUUCUGCUUUCCAAAAAAUGUCACACUAAACGCUGUUUAUCAGAUUUGGUAUCCCAUCCUAGAGGAAAUGAAACAGAAAUCUCCCCCUCUCAAAGUGACAGCAUGCAAAUUAGAAUGAAAAAAAAACAAUGUAUGUAUGCCUAAUAUUCUUUAUGAAUGUCUCUCUUUAAUGAAAGUUCUCUUAGACACCAGAUUGAUGAAUAAAAGAAUAGAAAUGUUAAAUAGUUUUAAUUAUCCUAACAGCUGCUCACUUGUGCAUUGUCUGUUCUGAUCAUUAUCUAUACUUUUUCCUCUCUAGUAACAGGAAAUCAAUUUGAAAAAGACAGAAGUCUCUGCCUCAUGAGAAAAGGCUCAAAAUAUACCCAAGCCUCUCCAAAUAUUCCGGCUUGUUGUUAUUAGUUGGUCUAAUAAAAGAGAUCACAUCUACCCAAAGAACCUUGCCUAUGUCCUUAGACCAGCACGACUCCAACCAACAACCCUGCAGCCCAGAAGGCAGUUCAAUGCAGAAAGAGGGGUUGCCCAGCUAAAAGAAGUAGUUAGGCUAUGUUCAGUUUUUCUUUCCUUUCAGCUGGCCUUUAUUGCACAUUCUGAGCUGGACCACAGCAGCAUAAAUCCAUGUUGCUCCAUUGGUUUCAUGAGGGCUAAACCCAUUUAGGUCAGCUGAGGAUGUGAGCAAGAAGUGCCUAUAGACAUGCUGUAAUUACAGCGCAUCAGAGCAGACUCAAUUAAGUACUGUGCUCCUGGUAAUUACCACGCUCCAACCAGCCUCCAUGUCUUAUGUAUUAGCAUCCCUGCACUUCAAAAUGGCAGCAGGGGCACUUGAACUAAAGCUCAUCAAACAAGUUUUAGUUCAAGCGCCCCCACGCAAUUUUGAAAUGUGGGGACUAAUACACGAGACGCUGGGGCUCUUUAAUUAGAGCAGCUCUCGGACCACUCUAAUUAAAGUGCUCCCCCUUGCCCCCACCACCCCCAGAGCAUGUGUAAAAGUGCCCUGAGUUGUUGUUUGAUCAAAAUGAUUUGCCCUUAGUGAGUUUCACUGUAGCUAUCAUUCACUAGGCAUCUUAUUUUCUGCAUUAUAGGAUUACAUGAAUGUAAAAGAUCCAUCCCUUAAAAAAACUUAGUGUCGUCGUGUUCCUUCUCCACAAUAAUUUAGCUUGGAAUAUGAGAACAAGUGUGUUGUUGAAGGCACAGGAGUACAACAACUGGACUUUAAGAAAAGCAUGUAAAAACGAACAGGGAAACAGUGAGGCUACAAAACCCAGUGAGGUCAAGGAACCUGAUUAUAGCUUGGUUGUUGCCAGCCUUUCGGACAAUUGCUGUAUCAUAGUCCAAAGCUUUACUCCUGUUUGGGAUGUUAGUUUAUGGAACACAGUUAUUGUCUACAUGACAAAUUGUCAAUGUGCUCUGACUGGUUCAUCUGUUGCAGCUAUAUUUGUACUGUAGUAGUCCGUAAAGGGGAAAAUAGUUGUAUGCUUUAGUAGAAGACUGUUCAUCCCAUUGGGAAUGUUGUCUUACAUCUGGAGCAAAGCAAUAGUAGUAAAGACUUCAGUUUUGUUACCAGCUUUGCUUCUGACAUUGUGUAACAUCAGGAAAAUUUUUAGUCUCCCUCUAUUUCACUUUAUGUAGCGUUUUCACUGAGGUCACAUAAAGCAUGUGAGUGAGGUAACAUGCCACUAUUUUGUAUGGCAUGUGCAUAUUUGUUGAGUACUCACACACAAUUUCUUUUCAUUUUGAAGAAUGAAAUGUGUGUGAGUAGAGUAAAGACAGGUGGAAAAGUACUAGACAUGGAUGGUUUGUGUCCAUCUUGAAAUGCAGCAGGAUUAGGUAGGAAAAUAAAAGAUAUCACAUUUACCCAAAAAACCUUGUCUGCUUAUGCCCCAUUAUAGUUUUGAAGUUGAUUUGAAUAAGUUGUUACCCAAACUGCAUUUUCUUGACCAUCCAAAGUACAGUCUAACUCUACCUCUGAUGUUCUGUAUGAUUCUGCCCUUCACACAGAUUGGGGGAAAAGCCCAGUAACUAUCGACUACCAGAUACCUCAGGGUGGAAAGAAAAAUGCUUGAUGGAUGCAACACAAACAAAAUCAGACCAGGCACCAUAAAAAAGAAAGCAUGGCUCUAAGAGGUUUAAGCACAGGAAAUGUUUCUUUUGAAUGUAAUGAAGGUUUUAUUUUCCUGAUAACAACCAAGAAAUGUGAAGCAAUUGUUCUAACAGGUGUAGUAUAACCAGAAUGGCUACUUUGAUAAAAAGGGAACAACAAAACAACACCUGAAGCUGUUCAUAGAUUCAGGUGCCAAAUCUGGUUCAUCUUCUUUGUUCCUUCUAAGAUAAGCUAGGCUACAAUAUUGUCUGCUUAGGCCCCUUUUGAAUCUUACUGAAUGGGAAAAAAACAUCUAGAUUAAACAACCAGGACAUGAGAAAAGUGUGUAUCCCUUGCUUUAGCAUUAAUCCAUGUUGUUGUUCUAAUGUAUUAGGGCAUAAUAAAUUUGCAGGCACUGUAAAUCACAUUUUUCAGAAUUAAUUCUGCCCUUUCCACAAGCCAGAGCAGUGACAUUACCAUUUAAAUCACUAGAAACGUAGCAGAGCUAUUGAUUGCUGAAAACAUAUAGUAGCCUCCGCUGUACCUGAUCCUACAAAAUGACUGCUGUAAUGAGCUCGUAUUUAAUGAACAUUCCUGUCAGGCAUGUUAGGGCAGGCAGCUAAAAUCCCUUAAGUCUUAAGAAACAAGAACUAGGUGUUAGUUGAUGUGAAUUAUAUGAAAGAACAAACAAGAAAACACAUGAUUUGAUUUUUGAGGCAAUGCUUGGAAUGCCAAUAGAUGAACUACCCAUUCACAUCCCCUCCAGUCAAAAUGUUUCCCUCUUAUAUGUACCAUAGGAAGCGGGGGUGAGCAGGGUGACCACCCCGGGCACCAAGCAAAUGGGUGCCAACAGGCAUUGUCCAGCCAGGGCAGGGUGCGGGACAGAGCUGCAAGCAGCUCAUUUCAGGGUGCUGCAAGGAUAGGGGAAGGGCGGCUCCCGCUGCUGCAUGCACUCCCCGGCAAGCAUGGUGGUAUGUGCCCAGGUCUGUGCACAGGGUGAAGGCAGACUGCCACUGCAGGCUUUGUCCCAGGCACCCAAUUUCAUUGCUACAGCACUGUUCGGUACAGGGGAGAUGCUGGCCAUAAAGUACAUGAGUACCUAUACUCUGUAUACAUAAUUACCAACAGUUCAGGACUUGUAGCAGGGCUCUCACCUCAUCUGUCCAAUGCAAAAAGCAGAGGGACACUAAGCAGGUGAUGGCAUAUAUGACAUUGGCAGAAUUUCAGGUGAAUGAACCUCACACGUCAUAACCCAUAAUAAUACACAAAGGCCUCUGGCAGAGCAUUUCAGCCUGCCUGAGUACUCCAUCACUAAACUCUGGGUAGCUGUUCUUAGGCAGAAAACCUUUAAAAACAGAUUUCAAUGGGAAACCGCAGAAGAAGAAAUCACCCAUGGGCUGGAUUGCAUUAAGCAUGGUUUAAACAGGGACUACAGAUUCUUAUCUCAUUACCUGGAUUAGCUUUUGUGACCCCUUUGUUCCUAUGGGUUCUUUGCUUGUUUGCCUCUCCCAGCACUUUUCCCCCCUGCCUCUCCCAUUUCCCCCUCCCUUCUUACCUUUUGUAUUUAAAUCACUCUCUGCAUUCUAUAUGCUGUUCUGUGCACAUCCUUUCAUAGCGCUGGAUGAAAUGAACUCCAUCUCACAAAAGCUUUUGAAAUAUAUAUAAUAUUUAGUUAGGGUAGUUCUGCACCUUACAGACUAUCUUCUGCUUGACUUCAGAAUAGCAUAGUUAAUGCUGUCUCUCAGCAAAGACAGAGCUUUAUAACACAGUCACUCUCUGAAGGAAAAACUUAAUUUUAGCUUAGUUUCACUUUCGUAAAUUCCUAUUGCUAUUAAAAUCACUUAAUGGAGAAAUAGACCUAUUAUUUCUUUUAAAUAAUUUAAGUACCCUAAGAAAUGUCAAUACUGGUUCUCAGAUGCAUGUGUUUCAUUUCCUUCUAUUCUUUCCAACAUCAACAAAAAAAGAUGGUAAUUAUCUGUUCUCUGUGCCCACAGGGGACAGGACAGGGAAGCUUUGAUUGGAUAUUAGGAAAAAAUUCUAACCAUGAGGUUGAUUAUGUACUGGAACAAAUUACCUAGUGAAGUUGAAGAGGCUCCAUCCUGAGAAUUUUUUAAGAGCAGGUUAAACAAACACUUGGCUGGGAUGAUUUAUACAAAAAUAAUCCUCUCUUGAAAAAUGGGUUGGACUAAAUGACUUGCUAAGCUUAAUUCCUUAUGCCCUCAUUCUCUGAUUUUUUUUUAAAUAUCUACUGUAAAAUCAUAUGAGCAUUGCUUAUCUCAUCCCCAAGGUAUUUUGGCAUUACACUUAUAUAGAGAGUCAUCCCAGUGGGAGUUAGUCCUAGAGAUUUAUAAACUGCUACUGCUGUAACCAGGAGAAAAGUAUGAUUAGGAUCGUGUUUAGUUAAUUUCCAUUUCUGUGGACCAAAAUUAUGCAGGCCCAGCUAAUUCUAUUUCAGUAGAAGUUUUGAGAGCCUACAUUCACUGCAUUGUGCACUUAAAUUGUGACUGAUCCACUGAAACCCAACAAUAGAUGCAAAAUCCAACUUCUUCAAAACAGAACAAAAUUAAUGUGUGUGUAGGAAGCCUGAUCAAGGUUGAGGCCCCUGUUACGCCGUAUUUUUUUUAAAACCAAACUGGAACAUUGGCCUUUCACUGGCUCUCUCCAGGGGGUGUAAUUUUCACUCAGUAUGCUAAUUAAUAAGACCUUUUAUUUGGAACUGAUCUUCAGUUGCUCAGAUUCAUCAAGGUCAAAUAGUUGUUGCAUACAAUGCCUUUGCUCUUGGAAAGCUGCUCAUUGCAAAGGCAGAGCCUGGGAGAUGAGAUGCAAUGGUGUCCUUUCUGUGAGGAUUUAGCUCAUUGAGAAUGCUAUUACCCCAUUUGAACGUUGCUAAUUAAGAAAUGCUAAACUGGCUAGAAAGGAUUGAUACAGCUAUAUGCUGCUAUGUAAAUAUCAAACUAAACUAACCUCGCUUCGUUUCUUUGGGAAUUAAAUGGAUCGCCCAAAUGCUUUGGCAUGUAGUGUCUGAAGCUAACAAUUUGCCUAAUUUGGAUUUGCUCCUGUGGCUCCCCUUUCUCCUCCCUCAACCCCCCCCCCCCCCCCCCCCCGGCUCCCUUCCCUCACCCCAUUUAAUUAUUGGUCUUCUGGAAGCAGUAGAUUGGGCUAGAGCGGGCACAUGUUUCUCAGUCUUCAUGACAUGGAGUUGAAGCCUUUUUUAUUGUGCAUGCCUCCUGUCACAUCUGCCUUGCAUACAGAGUGAUUACUAUUAGUGAGAGGGUCCCCAUAAAUCAGUCUCACUGGCAAAUUAUCUUGGAUCUCAGACCUUAGUGCUGCUCACAAAGUGACAUAUCCAUAUUUCUCUGUCUUUCCCAGUCAAGAUGGUGACAAGUGGAUUUCAUUUGAAUGUGGGAGCAAGGAGAAGAGUGUUUAGCAGAGAUUAGGGUUGAAUGAGGAUUCAAAUAUCAGCUAGAUGCAUAAACACAACAGAUCCUGCUACUGCAGAAUACUAUCAAAUAUCAUUGAGGCAGAAUAUUUCACUACUCUUCUUUUUCAGUCUUUCCCUGUAUGCCACAUGUAAGCAUUCUGCACCCAACAUCAGGCCAGAGCUCAGUUAACUCAGUGUCAUCUUGUUCAAGCUGUAGAAAUGCAUCCUAUUUACUAAUCUCAUACCUGCCCUGACAUAACUGGCAAGUAGGCUAUGCCCCAAAAAGGAAUAGAGCUGAGCCUUAGCAGAAAAAACUGAAUCAAUCCCUCCAGCUCUUCCCUCAGUAUAAAGGUGAAAGUCAAGCCAAGGGUGAAGUGCCUAUAAACCUGGCCUAACACCUGACAUACAUGUACCUCCUGGUUGGUGUAAAAAUAUGGCAUCUUUUUACUAAUCACUGUAAUCUCCUGGCCUUUUUAAUGAGCACAAAUUCCUGCUGGGGAGAGGAAGUAUAAUCAGGAUAUUUCAGUUACAAUAUUUAAAUACAACCCUCCCACCACCCCAAUCCAAGAGUAUAAUGUACCUGAGAUUUCUCCGUUGCAGGCAUUUAGUCGACAGACUUAUGGCUAUGUUUGCUAUGUAAUGCUUGAAUAAACAUAUAAUUCAUUGAAGUACGCAGGACUGAUAAAAGAAAUAUGGUCUCUUUAAGGAGAAUAAAUUGUUUGUAAAUUUAUAAAGAGUAUAAUGUUAGGCCUUAUUUGAAGUAUGUACUGUGGUUUGGUAAAAGUACAUUAAAAGAGCCUUGCCAGAUA